CGCAGCACGUGUCGAGUAUAAAAGGGAGGAGGGCUCGGUGACUGGCUCACACGGACUCGAGCAGCAUCCGCAGUUAGGUAACGCCACUCCCCCUAAACAACAAUAACCAUGUCAGAUCUCUGUGUUGGAAUCAAUGGCUUCGGUCGCAUCGGCCGCCUGGUCCUGAGGGCCUGCCUGGACAAAGGCAUCAAAGUUGUGGCCAUCAAUGACCCCUUCAUUGACUUGCAGUACAUGGUCUACAUGUUCAAAUAUGAUUCCACCCACGGCCGUUACCAUGGUGAGGUCUCCCACGAGGAUGGCAAGCUCAUCGUCGAUGGCAGCUCCAUCUCUGUUUUCCAGUGUAUGAAGCCAGCUGAGAUCCCAUGGGGAAGUUCUGGAGCCAAAUACGUUGUUGAGUCCACUGGAGUCUUCCUUAGCGUGGAAAAGGCCACUUCUCACAUCCAGGGUGGUGCACAGCGUGUGGUUGUGUCUGCCCCCUCCCCCGAUGCUCCCAUGUUUGUUAUGGGGGUCAACGAGGACAAGUACGACCCCUCCUCCAUGACCAUCGUCAGUAAUGCCUCCUGCACCACCAACUGCCUGGCUCCCCUGGCCAAAGUAAUCCACGAUAACUUCGGCAUCGAGGAGGCUCUCAUGACUACAGUCCACGCGUACACAGCCACCCAGAAGACGGUUGACGGUCCCAGCGCCAAGGCCUGGCGCGACGGCCGCGGUGCCAGCCAGAACAUCAUCCCAGCCUCCACCGGUGCUGCCAAAGCAGUCGGCAAAGUCAUUCCUGAGCUCAACGGUAAGCUAACAGGAAUGGCGUUCAGGGUGCCCGUGGCCGACGUGUCAGUGGUGGACCUGACGUGCCGUCUGUCCAAGCCCGCAUCUUAUGCUGAGAUCAAGGAAGCGGUCAAGAAGGCUGCACAUGGGCCCAUGAAGGGCGUGCUGGGCUACACCGAAGACCAGGUUGUGUCCUCCGACUUCAUCGGCGACACUCACUCCUCCAUCUUCGAUGCUGGUGCCGGCAUCUCCCUCAACGACAACUUUGUCAAGCUCAUUUCCUGGUAUGAUAACGAGUAUGGCUACAGCAACCGCGUCGCUGACCUGCUGCUGUACAUGCACUCCAAGGAGUAGACACUUCCUACCCAGGGAGCACGUCGGGAAAGGGACCACCCCCAACCAUCCUCCAACCCUCCUCUUUUACACAGAAGCCCCACCCAUAGCUGAGCCCCAGCACCACCGCCCUUAGCUCUACUACAGUCCUGUGUAGGCAGCAGCAACAGUGUGUUUGAGUGUUCAGAGUUCAUCUGUCUUUUCCUUUAACAACAAGGCGACUGGUCAGUGAAAGUAUUCGUGUCUGUGUGCCCUCUCCACCUCCCACUGCCACUUUAGAUGUGUCAUUUGGCUGAGUUGUGUGGUAACUACUGUAUCCAUCUCACUGUCGGUGUGUUUAAACGCUUGUUCACCAGUGGAAGGAGGAAGCUGAGAGGCAGACCUACUGUAGCUCUGCUUAAGAAUAAUGAGAUGAUGAAAUAAAAUUUGAAAAAACCUCAAAA